AUGCAGGCCAGAAUAGAAGCCAGUACCAGGACGGUGGAGGAGGAUGUCAUGUUGGAAGUCCCUAGGGAUUUUUGGCCUUUUUCAGAAGCCAUAGAGGCCGAGGCCAUCCCCAGGGAUCAUCGGAUACCCCAAGUCGAGCCCUUUGAUGGAACGCAGGAUCCCAGUCAGCAUCUGACGGAUUUUCGAGCCCAAAUGUUGAUCUGUGGGGGGGGCAUGGAAGUCCGCUGUAAGCUUUUCAUGGGAACAAUCAAAAAAGCAGCACUUGAUUGGUUUAGUGGUCUCCCUGACCACUCAAUUACCAACUUCGACGUUUUUAGUAGGCUUUUCAUGGCGCAAUUCGCUGCCAACAAGAAGAAGUCACCGAUUACAUCGGACUUAUUCGAUCUCAAGCAGCAGCAGGAGGAGUCGCUGAAGGAAUUUAUGCAAAGGUUCAAUGUGGUCGCUUUGAGGAUAGCAUCUUUGGAUGAGAGGAUGGCUGUCAUCGCAUUCCAGAAGGGCUUGAGGUCUGAAGCUUUCGACAUCGCUCUGGAAAGAGCAAAUUGCCAGACGAUGUCGAAGGUGAGAGCCUUCGCGCUGAGUCAUAUCAAGACAGAGGAAGGACAGAUCAGCAAGAGAGCAGCGGAAAGCCGAGAGGCGGGGGGCAGCAAUAAGGAGGGAAAUAAGCAUCUCCGACCGCGAUCGGACUGGAGUAAACGACGUGACCGUUACAACUUGAAGGAGGGCAAUUACAGGCAGGCCGAUCACGGUGGCCGGGCAAGGGGCGAGUGGACACGCAACAAUGACGAAGAGAAGUUUACUCCACUCAAUGUUCCCAGACGACAGAUACUUCACGAUGUGAACAGCGCAUCGUUGUUUGAAUUUCCAGCGGCAACGGAACGUCAAUUGGGACCCUUUAAAACUGAUUGGUGUGAGUUCCAUAGAGCUCAUGGAAACUCCACUGAAAAUUGCUUUGUACUAGGGAGGCAGAUCGAGCGUUUGAUCAAGGAGGGGCGGCUGAAAGAGUUUGUGGCAAGAAAACAGGAAGGAGGCUCGUCGGAUAGGCGACACAGGCGCACACAGGAUGACACCAGGAGGGAUAGGCGUAGAGAGAGAACUCCUCCUAGAGACACACCAACGAAGGUGUCGGAAACCCACCAGCAACCCAUCCACGGGGACUUCAAUACCAUCACAGGGGGCUUCGCAGACUCGGAUUAUGAAGGAGUAGCCCUUCACGAGGACGACCCCGUCGUCAUAUCGGCGAUUGUUAUGGGGUACAAUGUGAAGCGAGGGUUGAUUGAUCAGGGAAGUUCCGCGGACAUCUUAUUCUGGGAAGCCUUUGAGGGGAUGAAAAUACCUAACGACCGACUUAUUCCUUAUGCAGGGACUCUAGUGGGUUUUGCAGGAGACUAG